AUGUCUUCCCUCCGCCUUGUUUCGGCCGCUGCAAGACGCGUUCCGUCGUCGUUUGGAAUUGCUAGGCGCGGAUAUGCUGAAGCGUCCGACAAAAUAAAACUUUCUCUGGUCCUUCCCCACCAGGCAAUAUUCACGUCGACUGAGGUGGUUCAGGUCAACAUCUCGGCUGCUACGGGAGACAUGGGUAUCUUGGCCAACCACGUCCCCUCGAUCGAGCCUCUCCGUCCUGGCGUAAUUGAAGUUGUGGAAUCUGCUGGCGGGUCCAAGAAGUGGUUCGUUUCUGGCGGCUUCGCCACCGUGCAUCCCAACAACAAGCUUACUAUCAAUGCUGUCGAGGCGGCACCGUUAGAAGACUUCUCCGUUGAGGCCAUCCGGACCAAUCUUCAAGAGGCCCUUCGCGUGGCAUCUGGGAACGGUUCGGAGGAAGACAAGUUGGAGGCGCGCAUCGAAGCUGAUGUCUACGAGGCGCUGCAACAUGCCGUGUCAUCCAAGUAG